AAUUAGGCGGUUUUUUACAAAAGAGCCAUAUUUGUCUUUUUUUAAUUAAUCAUUGAUUAAAGGUCCCGAAUACCAUUCUCAUGUGAUUCACAUUGCACCAAUCACCUCUCAAUCUAUAUGAGGAGUCCUUCCUAUUGUUAUGCUGAUUGUGCGCAUCCGCCCAAGCUAUUUAUAUGAACCAGAGGUUACAUGGCUACUUCCAUACGAGCUCUCAGUGCUGAUGGUCUCGGUGCUCUCCUUCUUGACAUCCACUCACAAAAAGCCAUUGUGAAUUUGACCAAUGAAAUCCGAUUCUUCUUUUUUUCACCUUGAAAGCAAAGUUUUUAACCACCACAACUUGUACAUAAGGCUUUGAGGAGGUGGCACUUGGAUCUGAAGCGCUGUCAGGACAGGUCACUUGCAUCCAGCCUGUAAAAAUCGCAGGUUUGUGAAAUGUCAUCUUUUCAUCUCAUCCAGGCCAGCAUGCUUAACACCCGAUAUCUACCCUGAGAGGAUUUCAGCAGACUUGGAAAGACUGCCUGGCAGCUGCUCUGAAGAGGUGGAUUUGGGCGAAGCUCGUUUUUUUCUGUUAUUGUGGAUAAUUCCGUGCUUAGUGUUUUUGCUUCUUUAGGCGGUGAAUGGUUGGCACAGAAAGCUCAGUGAUUUCUCUGAAACAUAUGGGAGUUUCAAGAGGACGGGGGUCUGGGAUCACCAAAGGCUGAAACGCAAUCCCCCAUUUUCAAUGACUCAGCGCGCCUGUUACACGACCAGAUAUUUCAGUUUCAGGGUUACAAGAUGACAAUGGCAUCUAUCAAGUCCAUCCUCAGCGAGGCUGGACAUUGAAACUAUGCGUGACCACUGAGCCGGACCUUGAAGAUUGAAUGAGCAUGUUUGGCACAGUACCUAUUCGUCUGAAUCCCCACCUUGUAGCAACAGGUUACGCACCUGGCCUCCCUCAAAUGCACUUAUAGCGCGCGCGGCUUUGACUUGACUCUUCUCUCGGCACUGCGGUUUUUAUACAUGUCUCCCACCAUGGUUGAGCACAGCGGCUUGGAUAUAAUGUGUCUUAACAAGUACUGUCACAGUUCCUCCUCGUCGUCCAGCUCCGAGCACGACAAAAAGGUUUUCUCCAAACUAAAACAAAGUUUGUCAGGGGACUAUCCGAGGAAGAACGCAGAGAUCCUCAGCGGCCAGUACGGGACCAAUGUGCUGCUGAUCGGGGCGUCGUUGAUGUUGGCUAUUGCGCACCAUGGCCCCGCUGUCAAGGAAGAGCACCUGCUGUCCUUUGUCACCUGCCUCAUGAUCCUCCAGCUGAUCUGGAUGAUGUGGUAUAUCCUGGUGCGGGACAGGCAGAAGAAUUCGCGGACCGAGAAAGAUGUCCACGCCACUACAUGUUGGAUAAGAGGUGGUUUGACGCUCCUUGCACUCCUUUCACUGAUUAUGGAUGCUUUCCGAAUCGGGUAUUAUGUUGGCUAUCAGUCUUGUGUGUCGGCUGUACUCGGGGUAUAUCCUGUCAUCCAUGCAACUCACACCAUAGCGCAGGUGCAUUUUCUCUGGUUUCACAUCAAAGAUGUCAUCAAGAGCUUUGAAACAUUUGAAAGAUUUGGUGUAAUCCAUGCAGUCUUUACCAACCUCCUCCUGUGGUGCAACGGUGUGAUGUCAGAGGCUGAGCACUUCUUGAACAACCACAAGAGAAGACUAUCCGCCCUGGGCUACGGAAAUCUCACUAUAGUGCACUCAGAACCUCACUGUAACUGCACCACCAGCACUUGCUCCAUGUUCUCCAGCAGCCUUUACUAUCUCUAUCCCUUCAAUAUCGAGUACCACAUCUUUGUCUCCGCCAUGCUCUUCGUCAUGUGGAAGAAUAUCGGACGGACCAUUGACCUUUCUUCAAACCAAAAAAGGAUGGCUACCAAAACCCAGGGCCUGACGUUAGGUCCCAUUUUGGGUCUACUUGCAUUGGCCAGCACUAUCGGGAUCCUGGUGGUCUACAUCACCCAUGUAGAGGAAUCCCUCAGGAUGCGCCAGUCAGCCAUUUCCAUGUUCUACAUUUAUGGCAUGGUUAUGCUGGUGUUCAUGUGCUCUGCCAGUGCUUCAGGUCUGCUCAUAUACCGAGCAGACCAUAUGCCGCUGGACACCUCUAAGAACCCGUCCAGACAGUUGGACACAGAGCUGCUGUUUGGGUCCUCUAUUGGCUCCUGGCUCAUGUCUUGGUGUAGCAUAGUGGCGGUUUUAGGCACCAACAGUAGUCCUCCUUACCGCUGGACCAACCUCAUCUACUCUCUACUUAUUGUGCUGGAGAAGUACAUCCAGAACCUCUUCAUCAUAGAGUCCCUAUACCGUCAGCAAGAGGAUACGGAAAGUGAGGACCCCGAGUUACCAGCUGCUCCAGAAAUCUUCUCGGUGACCUCCUCUUUGGCCCCACCAUAUAAUGGUAUCAUCAACCGAGCCUAUGAGACUCCGGACAGGACCUGUGUCACCAUGGAGAACGAGCAGGAGGAGAGCGGAGAGGUGUACAGAUGUCCGAGGAAACCUUCUGAGGUGCCGUUGCCUGUGGGAAACAAAGUAGUGGAUCCCCCAAAUAUAAAGAGGCAAAUCCUAAAGAACAUCGCUGUCUUCCUGCUAAUGUGCAACAUUUCGCUGUGGAUCCUUCCUGCCUUUGGCUGCCGGCCACAAUACGACAACGGGUUGGAACAGGAGACAUUUGGCUUCAGCAUAUGGACCACAGUUCUCAAUUUCGCCAUUCCUUUGAACCUUUUCUACCGCAUGCACUCAGUUGCCUCCCUCUUCGAGGUGUUCCGCCGGGUCUGACAGAAUAGCAGAUGACUGACAAUGCCAGAUAACACGCACAGGAACACUUGUCACCACCGGCUCCCGAGAGUGUCUCACGGUGCAGGUCAACCGUUCAGGAGGCAGUCUGGGUCACACUCCAACAGACUUGAAGGGAAGCCGUGGAGACAAACAAAAUGUAGAUCCCUCAUUGUGAGGAUUACAGAGGAAGACAAAACUAUUAGCCUGCGUUUCUUGAAGAAUUACCUUGUAUAACGUGAGGCUUAUUAAAGAUGGUGAUGAAAAGAACCUUUGGUUUCCAAAAUUUCAAAAGGGCCCUUUGUACUUGUGGUCCUGUAAUCACAUUUCAGUAGGUUUUCCUCACUGGUGCAUUAUGUAAAAUAUAUGCUGUAUCUGACGCGCACAUUUUGUACUGUUUCAUACUAGUAAUUGAGAGUAUAUCAUAAAAUAUUACAGCUAAGCAACUGAAACACCUGUUAGUUUCAAAUAUCUAAUAAGGUUAUAGGUACUGUAUUUAACAAAGCCACAAGUCCAUUGGUGUACCACUUGACUCAUAUUUUAUCUGCAUGUGAAGUGUUCAUACUGGAUAUGGUUCUCAUUUACUUCUCUAGGUAGUUCAAGUAGUUUAAUGGAACAGUAUGCAACACUCGAGCUACAAUGAUAGUGAGAGUCUUAGCUAUAUAUUUUGAAUAAUCUUUAUGAGUUGGACUAUAGUUCUCAGAAGUAGGAGCUGCCUCUCUCAGUCAUUUAAGGUUCAUCAUUGUCCUUUUGUUUGCUGAUUCUCUGCUCUGUCAAGUUGAAUGGUGAGUUAUGUUUAAAAUUAUGUUACUAGGUAGCACUGUUUUGAUUAUACUGGUAUCCUGUGAUUUGCAUCCACACUACAUUGAGUGCAAGGUGAGAAAACAAACUUCCGGUCAAAAUAUGCUUUCCUUUUAAACCCCAAUAACAUUGAGUUCAUGUGCGUUAACAUGAAAAAGCACCCGUUCAGUACUGUUCAAAUCAGGUGCAUCUAUGUUGUGGAAAAUAUUUUGGUAAAAAACAAAUGUUGCUGUGAUGUUGACUGCUACUAGUCCAGACAUUGUAUGUUUACAUCUGAAGGAUCAGCAAUGAAAAAAAGCAUCCCAGUCUGUGACAUCAAUUGAUUCUUUUUAAUGUCAAACACAGACAUACUGUAUACUUGUACUGUACAAUUUUAUAUCAAAACAAUGUAUAGUUGCAGUCAACAAGUUCUCAACCUGGUGCUAUCCACUGUAUGUGUUCUCACUAUGUGCCAACUUGUGGUAAAAUCCUUGUUUUUAGGUGCAAACUGCAAUAUUAUAUUAUCUCUGUAAAUACUGUCUUACUGAUCAAAAUCAUCAUUCAGACACUGUGAUACGAUUUUGUGAAAUUCCAAUGAAAUGGUGCUCGUACGAAAUGAUGUGUACAAAAGUGAUGAAUGUAUAUCUUUAGCCAAUUAAAAUAAAGAAUAGUUUUCUUUUUUCAGAUACAA